UUUAAUCUUAACCGUUAUAUUAAUCUAACGCUUCAUAUUUAUUGCUGGAGAGGAUCCAGCGCUCUCUUGGAUUUUCCUUUGCCCUAGAAGUUCAUUCCGAUUGCCGCUCAAGCAUUUUGGAGCUUCAAAAUCAAAUGGGGUUUGCCCAAACAUUCGAUUUUCUCGGUAAAGUCUUCGUUUUUCGCUUCUUCUCACUCUCUACUUGUCACUGCUGUGGCCAGGUUAAGAGUUCUUGAAUUCUAUUACUUACUCUUGUUCACAUUCCAAACCUGAGUUUAAUUGACACUUUCUUGAGUUUAUGUUCACAUCAUGUCUAACAACAAUACCAACUCCUCGAAUGCUCCUAAUCCUAACCCCCAACAUUUCUUGCAAAACAAUGGUGUGGGAAUGCCACCCCAGCCACAGUUAGGUGCAGGCCAAAACUUGAUGCCCCCUUUUAUGCAGCCUCACAUGAAUGCAGCACCUUUCAUGAAUGCUGCAAAUCACAAUCAUUUUCCCUUGCAUAGGCCUCAUAUGGGUCAUCAACAGGGUCAACCCCAUGUGGUGGGGGGUUUAGGUCCCCAAAACAGUGUUGUUGGCAAUGCCAAUUACAACAAUCCAAUGUUUCCUGUUCAGGGACAAGUCAUGCAGAAUCAAGCUCAACUCAAUUUGUCUCCACUCCAGGGACAAUUUUUAGCACAAAGUAUUCUCAACAUGCUUCAGCAACCUAACAUGAAUAUGAGUAUGAGUAUGCCAAAUGGCCAGUUUUGUGGCCCUUAUCCUAUGCAGAAUAUGAAUCAGCAGUUACCUAUGCAAAUGUCAAACCCUCCUCAAGGGGUUCCGUAUGGUAUGCAUCCCAGUUCCCGCCCCGUGUUUAGGUUUCCAAACCAAGUGCCUCAGGCUAUGGUCCCCCAGAAUUCAAUGUUUUCCACAAAUCCCCAGUUAGGUUUUGUUCCUGGAAAUCAGGUCCGCCCGCAGAUUGACCCAAACGAGAAAAUCCUGGCUCCGCCAAAUGCAAAUGCAAAUGCUUUUGUAUCAUCAUCACCUUUUCCAUCUCAGCAAUUACAAGGAAAUACUUCUGGAUCAGUUAAUCCUAAUUUGGCUCACACAAAUAACUCUCAACCUCCUGCAUUUAUGAAACAGGAAACUCCUAAUAGCAAUAUUAAAACUAAUGUUCCAAACUCUAACUGGAAGGGAUCACCAAGCAAAAACUUAAAAAAUAAACCAAAUCGAGGCAGGUUUCAAGGAGGAUUCCAGAAGUCAAAAUUUCAUGAUGUCAACAAUGGAAAGAGGGGAAGUGGGUUUCCUAAAGAACAUAAUGGCAAAGGGCCUAACAGUGGGAGGGCAGGACACUAUGGUUUAAAACCAAAGGAACUUAAGCAGCAACCAGAAAGAUCCUUGUCCGCGACUUACACUGUACAAGAAAUCCAACAGUGGCGUGAAGCACGGAAAAAGAAUCACCCUUUUAAUAACAACAUUCAGAAGAAGCACAGUGAAUGCCCAAAAGACAGCAAGGCCAUUAAUAGGGAGGUCUUACAAAGAGAGCUCAAGGAGGUGUUAGCAAAGCAGGCUGAAUUGGGAGUUGAAGUUGCUGAAAUACCAUCAUACUACCUGAAGAAUUCUGACAAUCAAGGUCUUCAGAGUGAAGCGAAAAACAAAUAUACUGACAAAAGAAAAUUCCAAAACAAGUUCAACAAGAAAUCAGACAGAAAAGGUCGGUUCGCCGAGAAGCAGAAGUUUGCUGACAAAGAUUUUUCAGAAAGCCCCUCUUUGAAGAAGAGGAAGCCAACAUUAUUGCAGAAACUUUUGAGUUCAGACGUAAAGAGGGAUAAGAGCCACCUGCUUCAAGUUUUAAGGUUCAUGGUAAUGAAUUCUUUCUUCAGACAUAUUCCUGAUAAGGCGCUGAGAUAUCCGUCGGUUGAGGUUAAAGAAAAAGGGUCUGAAGUUUCUGGUGAAAAAAAACACUUGCACACUGGAAAAGAUGUUCUUAACCGAGGGAGUGAGGAAACAGUUCAAAAAAUUGUGAUCUUCAAUAAUGAUAAUGGUCAUGAUUGUGAUGAUGACGAGAAUGACUCUAUUGUUGAUAAUAAUCUUCAUAAAGAUCCUUCUUCCUUGGUUAAAAGACAGUGUGAUGGUGGAGAAGGAAUUAAGAAAUCUGAUGAAGAGGAGGGAGAAAUUUUAGAAUGAAAUUCCAAGGUUGCUCUCUCUAUUUUUGCAGCAAAAUUUUUGAACUCUGAUGGUAACAUUUUCUGUUAAAUCAAUUUUGUUUCUAUCGUUGUUUUACCAAUAUGCAUACAAUGUUACAGUAAAUAUGUUUUCGCAGCAAUGCUUUUGAAUACUAACUAAUAGUUGCACUA